AUGGCACGCAAUACGAGGGACGAGUCUCCCCGUGGGAGCUCAACGCUGGAACCCGGCCUGUCAGCCCCAGCCAUCCACCCGUCUUUUAUACAGGUGGCCAAUCCAUACAUAUUCGAACAGACAAUUGAAAACUGCAUCGAGGCAAUGAACGUCAAUCCCCUUCGCGAAACUUCAUUGCGUCUUCAGGGCGUGGCGUGGAUCGACAGCGUGCGGAGAGCCCUCAACCUUCCCAUUCGCACUUUCGACACAGCAGUGGGAUAUUACCACCGUUUUAGACUGGUGCAUCCAGACAAUGAGUAUAAUUUCACAGAUGCUGCGGCUGCGGCUCUAUUCACAGCAUGCAAGAUCGAAGAUACGCUUAAAAAGUCCCGAGACAUUGUCUGUGCAGCGUACAACUUGAAAGCGGCCCCCUCGGAGCAUUUAUCGGCUGAUGAUCCCAUGUUUGAAUCCAAUGCGCGUGGCAUCAUCGGUCUCGAACGACUCAUGUUAGAGGCCUCUGGGUUUGACUUUCGAACCCGGCAUCCCCAUAAGACCCUCAUGAAGCUGGGUCGGCAUUAUGGACUACUACAAAACUCCGAAGUCUCCAAUCUUGCCUACCGCAUUUCAACGGAUCUUUACCGCACAUUUGCACCCAUCAAACAAAACUCAUCGACGAUGGCCUUUAGCUGCCUUGAGCUUGCAGGACGACUCUUGGACCAGCAAAUCAUGGAAACUCUCUUCGACCUCCUAGAACUCUACACCCACCACCGCUCAUUAACCGCCGUCGGCUCGGAAUUCCCAGCAGACCGGUUCCUGACAGUCCGCAUUCCGCUCAACCAAGAAGCCAGCGAACACAACAUCCCGCGCUACCACCCGUGGAUUGGCCAGCCACGCAGACCAUCCAACGGCACUGGGCCCAAUGAGCCAGAUACUUCACGGCCUGCUCAUCCCUUAACACCAAUUGCCGCGAACGGGGACCGCCAGAGGACAGGCGAGCGAGGCCGUGACGCUGCCGUGCGAUUCAUGCUCGAUCCCGCAUGUGCGGAUGAGGAGAGGCGACAGGUCGCAGCGUACUUCAAGGUUGAAAUGGAAGAAUAUGAAGUCGAUGACUAA